AUGUGUUUAUUCCGUUAAUAAUGAUAGCCAUCAUUUAGUUUUUUAAAAAAAUUAAUCAACUUAUGCACGCUAGCUGAUCCCAUCUAUUUUCUAUGUAUACAGAGAGAGAGACAACCACAAUAAAAUACAUAUAUCAACGUUCAAGUUUGAGCAAAACUCAUCGAUCUGGCACAAAAUGGGAAACGUCAUCAGCGGGCGCGGAACUAAACAGAAACAGAGGCGUUGGCCGAAGAGGAUCAUACUGGUGCGCCAUGGUGAGAGUGAAGGUAAUCUAGACAAAAGUGUUUAUAGAGACGUACCUGAUCAUAGAGUCCAACUCACAGAGAGAGGCAAAGAACAAGCGAAGAAAGCUGGUGAGCUUAUCCGCAGCGUGGUUGGACAGUACUGCAAGAUCUAUUUCUAUGUAUCUCCCUUCUUGCGCACUCGUGAGACACUGAAAGAGAUAGGUGCGGCGUUUUCUAGCACCGAAAUCACCGGGGUAAGAGAAGAAUGUAGGUUGAGAGAAAUGGACUACUCCAAAUUUCAGAAUACAGAGAAGAUGCCGGAGUAUAAGAAGGAAAGAGAGAGAUAUGGGAAAUUCUUCUACCGGUUCCCCAGUGGAGACUCCGCCGCCGAUGUGUACGAUCGGAUUUCCGGUUUUGUGGAAUCGCUAUGGAGAGAUAUAGAGAUGAACAAAAUACCUGAGAGUAGUGAUAACGACAACCUAAAUAUUGUUAUAGUUAGUCACGGACUUACCAUUCGAAUUUUGCUCAUGAGAUUGUUCAGCUGGACAACAGAACAAGUGGAAAGCUUAACAAGUCCAGAAAAUGGGGAGGUUCGAAUCAUGGAAUUAACAGGAGAUGAUGAGGAGUACAGUCUUGCAUUACAUCAUGAUGAUCAAACACUUGAGAAAUGGGGACUAUCCCCUCAAAUGAUUGUUGAUCAAAAGAAGAGGGCGUACGGUCCCAAGGUUGUUGACCAUCUCACUAGUUACUUUGAUCUCUUGCCACAUAUCAAUCUCGACUUUGGAAAAAAAUAACUCAAUGUUUUUAUUUGCUUUUGAUUGGAUACUGUGAUUUCUUUGUUUCUGUGGCGUAGUAAAAUUGAAAUUUCUUAUGCUGUCA